AGAUUGGAGCAGAUUUGUGUUACAUCUUGAAACAAAAUGGAGUUUUUUCGCCGCAGAAAGAAAGAGAAAAGGAGGGAACACGGCGGCCAUGAAGACAAUGCAGACAGUUGGAGCAUAGUUUCGCUCCAAGAUGGUGAAAACUACGACUUUUUUAAGGAUGGCGAUAUCAAUUUUGGAGGACAUUUUGUACCGGGGGCGUUUGUAAAUAAUCCUAUACAUUUUGACUUGUAUCAAGAGGCGCUUUCUUGUGGUUUUGAAAUUGACAAAGCUAUUAGAGUGAACGUAGUUGGGAACUUUAAACAAGGUAAAACAUCGUUGACAAAAAUACUUGUUGGAAAGACGUGUGAAAAUGUUCAGAGUACAAAUGGAGUCGAAAUUAACCAAUGUAAAUAUUAUGAGGCUAAUGGUGAUGUAAGCUUCUUUGAAAGGAUGUCUAAGGUUGAUGAUACUGAAAUUAUUGACCGCAUUGCUGAGGUCGCAAAAAAUCAGUCUGGCUGGUUUAUUGAGGAUGAUCUAAAUCUCACUGAAGCAUCCGAGUAUGGACGAUUGUCAUUAUAUUCCGAAGGAUUUUCCGAAUAUGAUACUGAUUCGUCUGAUGAAUUAUUUUCAAAACAACUAUUUACAGAAGAUACCAACAAAACAUCAGCAUUGAAGACUAAAAAGAGACAAAAGAAAACAAAGAAUGUAUUAGAAUCAAAAGCAAAAGUUACCGUCACACCGGAAGAAAUUCAGACAUUCUCGACUUGUCUUUCAUCUGACGAUUAUGUGUCAAAUAUUGCUGGAAAUCUUGAAAUAUGGGACUUUGCUGGCCAGUUUAUCUUCUAUGCCACACAUACAUUAUUCCACAGCAAACGCGCUGUAUACCUCUUGGUGUUUGAUUUAUCGACACCAUUGUCAGAAGUCGUAAAAGAUUCUGAGUUCCCUAUGGAAACCGGUGGUAAAACGAUGGAACAAUUCAUAAAGUUUUGGAUAAACUCUAUUCAUUCAUAUGUUGGGUCAAAUGACGGUUCAGAACCUCCUGUUAUUCUUGUUGGAACACAUAAAGAUAGAUUAGCCGGGGACGAAUUACAAAAAUCAAAAUAUGCAGAUGCAUACUUUGAAAGAAUUAGAAAAAUUUUUGAGGACUCACCCAUUCUUAAUCAUAUUCAGGCGAAAGAUUUUGUAGUCAAUAGCGUUGACAUCAACGACAAGGAAAUCGUUGAGCUGCGAAAGGAAAUCAUACGUAUUGGUAUGAAACAAUCUGAAAUCAAACUUCCGGCGAAGUGGAUAGCCCUUGAAAAAGAACUAAUUAAGUUAAGAUAUAUGAAGAUAAUUCCAUUUAGCAAAGUUGUGGAAAUCGAUUCACAAAAUGAUUUCCCAUUAAAGGAAGAAGAGCAAAUAAAAUUGUUCCUUAUUUAUCACCAUACAAAAGGAACACUUUUUUUCUUUGACGAAGAACCAAUAUCGGCAUAUGUUGUACUUGAUACCCAGUAUCUCAUUGAUGCCUUCAAAGGUAUUGUUACUUCAGAGAGAUUUUGCAAAAAGGAACCACAAUAUCGCUACUUUUGGAAUCUUUUACAACAACAAGGAAAGUUGACAAUGGAGCUUAUUGACAGAGUUUGGGAGUCUAACUAUGAUUUUCUCAAACAUAAGAAAGAAAUUCUGAUGUUUAUGCAAAGGCAUUAUAUCAUAUCUGAAGUUAAAAGUUUCGAUGAAAACACUGGAACAUCAAAUGGACUCGGCUGGUAUAUUGUCCCUAUUUUUCUACGUGACCACAGUGAUAACAACACAGUUAUAGAGUUCCUUAAAGGAAAGAGGCAGACAUCUUUGAGGUUUCUGAUGUUAUUUCAGUACACACCAGUUGUGCAAAUUGUAUAUUGUCGUCUUGUUGCCGCUCUGGUAGCAAAGUGGUCAGUUGUCCAAAUAAGCGUAUCGGAACAAGAAAAGGAAUUCUUACUGUACGAAAAUUUAGGAGCAUUUAGAUUGGACAGUCUGAACGCUGGAGUUGUUGAAUUACAACAGAACAGAAUUGAAAUGCGUGUAAUAAGCCUUUGCACAUCACGAAAUGUAGACAGCAUUACUGCAGACAAGUUCAGACGAUUUGCAGAGUCAGUGGUUAUCAGCGAAUUCAGUAAACUGCGGCAUUCAUCUACAAUCCAAGGUAAACCUUUCCAUACAUGCUUCAGAUGCAACGAUGAAUGCCAUGGGCUAAAUGGAAGUCAUGAAAUCUUGCAGAUGGAAACCCUUAAAGGUAAAAGCAUUGAACCCUGCCUUCAUAUGCCAGUCAGUCACGAAAUACACCCAAAACAGGCACUGUCUGAAUGGUUUGAAGAUAUCUCAACGAUAGGACUUUUAGAAGACUGCCAGGUUAAUGAAAAACAACUUAGCAAAAUAGCACAAACCAUUGGAUAUAACUGGGAACUCCUUGGAAGUGAACUUGAUUUGAGUAAUGCCGAAAUUAAUCAAAUAUCAAUGGACAAUCAAACAAGCAGUAUGAAAAUCUUCAAAAUGCUAUUGAAAUGGGAAGCAAGGCAGCAAGGAAAUGCCACCGUCAAUAGACUCAUUCAAGCUAUGAAGUCAACAAAGUCACUCACCGUUGAAUGGGAUGAAGUGAUGAACAUUAUUGAGGAAAUAGCAUCCACACAAGAUAAAUAAUUACACAUCUUUAAACAGUUUUAAGCAGAUGUGACGACUACUUUGAGUGUUUUGUCGUGAAGCAUAGGGCUGGAUUCACAGUAUUAAUUGUAUUCCAAAUCUGCACUUAGGGAGGGAAUACUAAAAGCCACAUGUGAAGUCAUGAAUUGUUUUGCAUAUCAGUGGGAUAUGUUACAUUUUUUGUGACAUUGCAAGUCAAGUGUCUUUGAAUAUUUUGUAUAUAAUAAGUAUGUUUAGUUGUAUAUGUGUUUUACUUACGGACUCUCAGGCAAGUCUUUUUGUUCAUUUGUGUUUGGUUCUCUAAUGCUUAUUAUUUCUUAAACACUUACUUUUAAUUAAUAUUUGAGCAAUAGAGCCAGACGAGUUUUAGGCAGUUAUUUUAAUAUUCGUCAAUAUUGUUAAUAAUACAAGAAGCUCAGUGGUAGAGGGGUUAGAGUCGAUGACUUCUAAUCCAGUUACCUCUCUGGCGUGGGUUCGAUCCCCGGGAGAUGCUUUGGUAGUUUAGCGCGGAGGAAGGUAGUCUAGUACUGGUGUAACUCUCCAGAAACGAUGCUUAGGAAACUACCCGCCUAUAUGACUGAAAUACUGUUGGAAAAAGGCGUAAAAUUAAACAAACAAACAACAUGAAGCUUGAUUAAUUCAAUUUCAAACAAGCUUAUUAGAAUUGCAAUCGAAUAAGCAUUUAAGGACAAUAUUUGGUAACAAUAAAUGAUUAAUAACAAUAUUAGCUAAUUUUCAAUGUUGUAUUUUAAAAACUCAUAUAAAUAAAUAUAGAAAAUAUAGAAAUAUGCUUGUUUAAAGCCAUACCAGCAAUUACCUGUUGUAAUUACUGAUUCAUAUAACAAUAUAAUUGUAUUAUUGUCUGUAAAUGUUAAUGAUUUCAAGCAAUCUUGUUUUCACAAAUGAUUUUGUUUUUUCUUAUUUGUGCUUUAUGAGUUAUUAUAUGUUAGCUGUGACAGAGUUUAAAAUACAAAUACAUAUGUAUCGCAUGUUGAAAUAUAGCAUCGUUUAUUAUCAAAUAGUUGCAACUUCUAUAGAGGUUAAUGUGGAGAUAUAAGCCUUAUUUAACAGUGUGAGGCUAACAUUUUACUUAGAUUACUUCUUUAACUAUCAAAUAUCAUAUAUUACACAUAUAAGUUUAAUAAGAUUUUUGGUGCUAGAAAUAUAUAAUAUAUAAUUUUAAUGUUUAAGCACUUCAUUAUUUUACUCACAAAUGCCCUAUAGUUGUCCUCUUAUUUAAUUAUUACAUGUCUUUCGUAAUUUGGAAUAUACAGUUUUAUCAAUCUGUAACUUUAUAAGAUCUCAGUGAAAACCUAUGUUUAUGUCCUUAACAAAUUUACCCAUCUCAUCACAAAUAUGAAAAUUAUCGUUUUCUACAUUUUCAUGUUUUGGAAAGAAAAUCUAAGGAUGUACCGCUUUAAACGGAUUUUUGUUAAAAAAACUUGUAGUGUUCACGAGUAAAAUACUUUGACAAGAUAUGUGCAUUGAAUGAAUUUCUAAAUUAUUUUGAAAAUGUUUCAUUUGAUUUGCCCGUAAAAUGUUGGUGUAUUAUGUUAUGCGCCUGGUCGUCCGGGUGUCUGUCUGUAAACAGUUUUUCAAGUCGGUUUGUUUCUUUUGAAACUACUUGGCAGUGAAUUAUUUAUCAUAAUGAGACGAUGUGCAUAGUUCUGGUUUAACAAUUCCCGUGUAAAGGUCAAGGUCACACUAAGGCUUUUGUAUCAAUUUUAAAAUUUCCGCAAUGUUUAUUAGAUAUUUAGCAUGUAACAUUACCUUAUUGACCUUUACAAAACUGAUAUGAAUUAUGCCCCAUGGCUCAAUAUCGGUUCGCCCAAAGGGUCACUUAAUUUAUGAAGACAUCUCUGACACCUAUGAUGACCAGCGCUGAGAUAUUUGGCAUGUAACAUCGCUUUUAGAAAAAAACUGGCAUUAUUCAUGCCCCUUUUUAUCAAUAUUGGGCCCCCCCCCCCCCGAGGUUUUGUAUAUGAGCAAUCCAUUUUUAAGUGUUAUUUUGGUGGAAUUGCAAUAUAUUUUGCUUGGAUAUUUGACUUUUAGCAUUGCCUUGUUGGCCAUUUGAUCAAUAUUGGCCCCGCCCAUGGGGCCACUUAGUUUAUGUAGUAUUGUAUUGUAGAAAACAUAUGUCAGUCUUAUUUUAUGAAACUAAUCUAAUAUUGUUUAACUAUCAACUAUUGCAUGUUGGUUCUAGAUUGUAGAUUUCAUCAAAUCAUGGCGUAGCAAAUAGGUGCAUUUUGGAAAUUGGAAUAUGAAAUUGCAAACAAAUUAUCCAAAACAAGAAGAAUUUUGCCCCCCCCUCCGAAAAACUAUACACGUAUACAGACAAUUUGUUUAUAUCAAUAAAGGUACUUCAACACCGUUUGAUUUAUUGAUUGGUUUCUGAUAAAUUAUUAUUUAUUAUUAAAUUCUUUUAGUUUGCAUAUGUCAUAUAAAUGUUAACUCAUUUUGGAGCUUUAAUUCACCUCAGGGUCGUACAAUUUUUAUAUUGUGAAAUAGCGUGUACAAAUUGAAGAAGGCAUGAUUUCAUAAUAUUGUUAGUACAAUUAAUGUGUUUUGUAGAAUGUAAGGCAUUUGUAUAAAUUAUUACUAUAUAAAUUAUUAUUAUAUAUACUAUACAAUCAUAUAUUGUAUAUUUACUGCGUAAUCAUGUACAUGCACAGUUGCCUGAUUUUUUCAUCCAAUCUCAAAUCAAAUUGGAAUUAAAGUUUCUAAUAUACAUAAUUUUUGCUUCAAAAAAAAGUAUACAAGUAUAUAUUUUCUAUUCAGUCAUUUAUUUAAAACACUUUUAUUAUAAAACAUCUUCUACAUUAAAAUCGUACAAUUUUUAUUAAGCAAAAGUGUUUAUGUUGCACAUAUUAUCAUACAGUAGAAGAUAACUGUUCUUGUUGCAACUAACAUUUAAAAGACAAUCUACAAAACAUGACACAAGGAAUUAAUUAUCAUUGAGUUCUUAAACGUGUAUUUCAUUUGCUUGUUUAUAAAGUUUUUUUUCUGUACGAGAACUUGUCUUAUAUUUAUUUUUAUAUGUAAUUUCAUGCAUAAUGAAUUUUGUUACAGGUCCCAAAUAUCCUUAGUUUAUUCGUGCUAAAGUACAUGUAUAAUUUAACUUUUUUGUGGUAGGAAGAUUAUCAAGAUUUAUUUCACUGGGAUUAGGUUUGGUCAGAUGUAGUUGUUCUGUACAAUGUACAUAUGUCUAUACAAUGAUGAAUAUAUCAUUAUGAUAACAAUUGUCAAUAAGUAAUUUUUAAAAAUUCCACUUGUAAUUUCGGAUGUUUAAAUGAUAACAUAAAUAGGUGUGAUAAUUUAAAUCAUAUUCAACAAAAACUGAAAUAAUUAUUUUUUUAUUUUAUUUAGUUUUUAUGACUAAGUUUUUUGUAUUGAUAAGAAAUUUGCAAUAUUUUGUGGUGACUUAAAUCUUGUUUAGAAUCCAGACAUAGUUUACCAUGAUUAUCAAUAAAAAAAACAUAAUACAGUCGACUCCGCUUAUAACGUACUUAGUGUGACUUUAAAUAUCGUUCGUUAUAUCCGAGGUUCGCUUAAAGCGAAUGUGCAAAACAUGCUGACUUGUUUAGGUGGGUAAAUUUGCCGUGAAAAAGGCAUACCUGUCACUGGUUACUGUUAUAAUCGAUAUUUUACGGCAGCGGUAAUUAAAUGCAGGUCAUUUUAUUGAACAAUAUAUUAUGUACAUGGUACAUGUAUUUAGACAUGUAGUACUUGUCUAUAAAGUGCUUAUUAUUUGUUGUCUUUUACUAUUUAUUUGUUAUUAUUAAUAUUGAAAACAACAAAUCGGUUAUUUGGUAAUUAUUGGGUAUUGACAGCAAUUUAUCAACUGAGGUUGCGAAACACAAAUUUUCCAUGACAAAUUGGAAAUUAUGUCGUGAGAACAUUUUAUCAAAAUCUUAAUCUUACCUGUGAAAUAACUCAAUUAAAUAAGUAUCGGAUAGCGGUAGUCAUAAUCUUAAUAGAGAGCAUCACGAUAUUUCAAUUAUAAUUAACAGUUUGUUUUAACCGAAGAAAUUGACAUCUUUUUCGCCGUUUGGGACUAGCAAAAAUGGUUCGCUAUAGCCGAAAAUUUGUUUUAAGCGAGUACGUAUUAAGCGAUGUGAUUUUAUAUAAAAUAAUGAAGGAAUUGGCCGGGGAUGUCAUAUUUAGUUCGCUAUUGACGAUAGCUCGUUAUAAGCGAUUUCGUUAUACGCGGAGUCGACUGUAUAAAGGCUUGUUUCUUUUCACUAAAAGAUGUUGAUGAUUCCUUUUAGAGAAUUGCUUGGUGAUGUCAAACAAUAUACAUAGAAACGAACUAACCAAAUAGAACAAGGUAGAUUAGAUUUUAGAUUAAUCUGUGUAUAUGUAAAUGUGACAUAGAUGUAAGUUAUAUAGAUUUGUCAUUCAUAAACAUUUUUAGAUAUUUCUUUUGUUUCUAUAAAUCAUGGAAAAGUUGUUUUUUUUGAAAAUUUAAUUAUGCUUAUUCAUAUGAUAUUUAUGUCUUAACUUAGAAAAUAGAAAGAAGAAAAUUAUAAUAUAAAUUACCAGUUUAUUAUAUAGAUUAAAUAUUAAAUACAAAUAUUUUGUUAUUAAUGCUGAAAAUUUUCUGGAGACAUUUCUAAUGAAAAUUAGAGGUAAAACUUUUUCUUAUAGCUCAUUUAAGGCAAAUGUAAGAAAUGUUAAUGAAAAACUAUUACAAUAAGAAAAUAUUCUUAUUGAACAAAACUGAUCGAUUGAUAAUAUAGACUAGCUUAUUUAUUUAUAAAAUAGAUUGAAUGAACUUAGAUGCAGUAAAAUCAAAAGUGCCUUAGAAGUUUAUAUAUGAUCAAAAAGAUAUAUUAACAGUAACUUGUUAGUUAUAAUAAUGAAAAUUUGUAUAAAAAUUGUUUUGACUGAUGAUUCUUAUAUUGUUAAAGAAUUAGAAAGUUAUGACACCACUUUGCUGUUUCAUGAUGAAUCAGCAAAGUUAGGUCUCAUUAAGUAUGAUUAAUUCUCCUUUACAUUAAAAAUAUAAGAUAUCCUGAAUGUGUGUUGUUUCUCCUAAAUUACUUUGGAUUAUAUUAGUCCCAGUUUCAUCUAAAAGAUCCAGUUCAUUCCCCAUACGACGUCUACAUAUUUGAGAAUUGCAUUUGUAAACGACAUAUACAAUUUUUCGACAGAAUUUUUUCAUAUAUAAAUUUUAAUUUUCUCAUUAUGUUUAACUGUUCCAUUCUUUAUUACUAAUAUUGUCAAUAUGUGAGUGCCAUUGGCAAUUGUUAGAUAGGAAUAAAUCCAAUUGUUUAUGUUAGUUUUAUUCUGGUAUAUUUUGGUAUCAUGUCUGAUGGUAUACGAGUGUCGACUAGUUCAUUUAGAUUUAUUUCUUAUAAACGUUGCCUGUAUCAUGGCAAAAAUAGUAUAUGCUGUGUACAUGAUCAACAUUCAGGGCCAUAAAACGCCAUACUUUCGCGUUAUGCAGUAUUAUAUGGAUAUGCCAAUGAGAUGCAAAUUGCCUUUUUGUUAUGACGGUCCCAUAAAGUCUUGCUGAAUUCCAUCCAGCAGUUGCAAAGAAACAGCAAUAUUGAACCAUACGCAUACUACAUAACUAAUCAAGGGCCAAACUCUGUGUUGAAGGGUCUGACCUGAACAAGGCAACGACAAGCCCGUCUCCUCUUAGUGUUAAUGGUCCCCAUAAUGUUUAAUUGAAUUCCAGCCAGUUGUUGUAGAGAAAUAGCGCGGAAACGAUAUUGCACUACAUGCAUAAUGCAUCAAUUGCCAUAAUUUUGUAUUAACGGUUUGACUCAGAAUUAGCGCAGAAACGAUUAUUGCUUUCUAUGCAUACAGCAUAA